CACUCAAAAAUGCCUGAAGUUGUCCCAAAUUUCUCUAAUUCAGUAAAGUUGAAAUAUGUUAAACUUGGUUAUCAAUAUCUUGUUAAUCAUAUUUUAACAUUUUUGCUUGUGCCUAUUAUAAUUGGUGUUACUAUAGAGGUAUUAAGAAUUGGCCCUGAAGAGUUGCUAAACAUAUGGAAUUCACUACACUUUGAUGUUCUACAAAUCUUGUACUCUUCUUUUCUCAUCAUCUCUAUAGCCACUGUUUACUUCAUGUCGAAACCACGAUCAACUUACCUAGUAGAUUAUUCAUGUUAUAAGCCUCCGGUUACUUGUCGUGUACCAUUUUCAACUUUCAUGGAGCAUUCCCGGCUUAUUUUGAAGGAUAAUCCCAAGAGUGUGGAGUUCCAAAUGCGCAUUCUUGAAAGGUCGGGGCUCGGAGAAGAAACUUGCUUGCCUAGUCCCAUCCAUUACAUCCCUCCAACGCCAACGAUGGAAGGUGCGAGAGGUGAAGCAGAGGAAGUCAUAUUCACAGCAAUUGAUGAGUUAAUGAACAAAACAGGGCUCAAACCAAAAGACAUUGACAUUCUCAUUGUCAAUUGCAGCUUGUUUUCUCCAACUCCGUCUUUGUCAGCUAUGGUAGUCAACAAAUACAAAUUAAGAAGCAACAUAAAAAGUUACAAUCUCUCUGGUAUGGGAUGCAGUGCUGGUUUAAUCUCUAUUGAUUUAGCUCGAGACCUUCUUCAAGUUCAUCCGAAUUCAUAUGCUUUAGUUAUUAGCACUGAGAUAAUAACUCCCAAUUAUUACAAAGGUUCGGAAAGAGCAAUGCUCCUCCCGAAUUGUUUGUUCCGAAUGGGGGGUGCAGCCGUACUUUUAUCCAACAAAAGACGCGAUCAAUAUAGAGCCAAGUACAGAUUAAUGCACGUGGUCCGCACCCAUAAGGGUGCAGACGACAAAGCAUUUAAAUGUGUAUUUGAACAAGAAGAUCCACAAGGGAAAGUUGGUAUUAAUCUUUCAAAAGACCUUAUGGUUAUAGCAGGGGAAGCUUUAAAAUCGAACAUUACUACGAUUGGUCCUCUUGUUCUUCCUGCCUCCGAGCAACUACUCUUUCUACUAACACUUAUUGGACGGAAGAUUUUUAAUCACAAAUGGAAGCCUUAUAUCCCGGAUUUCAAACAAGCGUUUGAACAUUUCUGUAUCCACGCGGGUGGUAGAGCAGUUAUCGAUGAGCUUCAGAAGAAUUUACAAUUGUCUGGUGAACAUGUAGAGGCAUCAAGAAUGACACUACAUAGAUUUGGUAACACAUCUUCAUCAUCAUUGUGGUAUGAGAUGAGUUAUAUUGAGGCAAAAGGAAGGAUGAAGAGAGGUGAUAGAGUAUGGCAAAUAGCAUUUGGGAGUGGAUUUAAGUGUAAUAGUGCAGUUUGGAAGUGUAACAGGACAAUCAAGACACCAACUGAUGGACCAUGGCAAGAUUGUAUUGACAAGUAUCCAGUUCAUAUUCCAGAGAUUGUGAAGCUGUAAAAUAUAU